UAUCUAAUUGGUAAAAGAAUUGGCCAAGGUUUAUUUGCUGCCAUUCACGAAGGCUUACACAUUGUUACCGGAGAGAAGGUAGCUAUUAAGGUUCUGGAUAAACAAAAAUUGCGGAAUGACUUUUAUGCUAACAGACACUUAUAUCGUGAAGCUAAAAUUCUUCGAUAUAUCAGUCAUCCUCGCGUGGUUCAACUGCUAGAAACUUUUGAAACAGACAAUAACUACUACCUUACUAUGGAAUUAAUUUGUAAUACAUCUUUGGCGGACAUUCUGGAGGAGAACGGGAAACUGUCUGAAGAUCGAACCAAAAAGUAUAUUAAGCAAAUAAUUGAAGCGACUGAUUAUUUACACGCACAAGAUAUAAUCCACCGAGAUUUAAAGCUUGAAAAUAUACUAGUUGAUGAAGAUGAUAGCAUUAAAAUUAUUGAUUUUGGACUUAGCACUUUUACGAAAACUCGGCGUGAAAAAGCCAAUGUAUUCUUUAUUCGUAAACUGUGUCAGUCUCAAUGCGGUUCGCCAGCCUAUACAGCUCCAGAGUUAUUAGCAAUUGAUGAGUAUGGUCCUAAAGCGGACAUAUGGAGUAUAGGUGUCGAUAUGUUUGCUAUGCUUACAGCAUCGCUGCCAUUUACUACUCAAUCAGCCGAUAUUAAAGAACUUCAUCAAAAGAUCAUGAGUUUUCAAAUCAACCCCGUUCCAGACAGUCUCUCUGAAGAUGCGAUCGAUUUAAUGUUCAAAUUUCUAAGUGUGGACCCAAGAGAAAGAAUUUCACUUUCAAAUGCUAGGAAACAUAAGUGGCUAAGCAAU